AUUCGUUACGGUCAAAACGAAAAGUACGCAGUCAGAAACGCGACUUUUAUCAUAAAAGGCGGUGAAAAGGUUGCAAUUGUUGGACGUACUGGUAAAUCAUCUAUUGCGAAAGGAUUACUUCGAUUAGUGGAAAAAGCUGAUGGUGAUGUGUUCAUUGAUGGUGUUAACAUUGCCGAAUUGGGACUGCAUGAGCUCAGAUCAAGGAUCACGAUCAUACCACAGGAUCCCAUCCUAUUCUCCUCUACUCUACGAUUUAACGUUGAUCCAUUCAAUCAGUUCGCAGACAGUGACAUUUGGGUUGCACUGGAAGCAUGCCAGUUGAAAGAAAUGGUUUUGAAACAGAAUGGCCUUUAUACCGAGAUAGAGGAGGGAGGAAAAAACAUUAGCCUCGGCGAACGCCAGCUGCUGUGUCUCUGUCGAUCAUUGCUUGAAGGAGGAGAAAUACUCAUUCUAGACGAAGCCACAGCCUCCUUGGAUUAUGCUACCCAAAUGCUAGUGAAUGAGGUUGUUCGAGUACAUUUUCGAAGCGCGACCGUGAUAACAAUCGCUCAUAAGUUGGAAACUAUUGGGAACUGCGACAGGGUAAUGGUGAUCGAAGAUGGUAUUGUUGUUGAAUAUGAUACUCCAGAAAACCUCUUAGCGAACAAAGACUCAAUCUACCGUGAAAUGGUAGAGACGAAAAAAACAUUCUAAUG